AUGAUCAACAUCGAGGUUCAGCCCCCGGCCCAAGCUCAGGCGGGAACAGUUCUCUACCCGCCUCUGGUGAUCAGUUCUGGAAGCGACGCGGCCUACGAUUUCGUCCAAGUUGUUCUUCUCGAUCCCCAAGGAGGUGUUCUAGAAGAUCAACUUCAUGGAACUUUAUCACGGUCCAAGACGACUUUAAGGGAUGGUUCUGCUAGUGGAAGUGCCGAUUCGGUAGAGUAUGCUACAUUUCCGGAUCUUGCUAUAAGCUAUUCUGGUAUUUAUACGAUCCGAGUCAAUGCCAUACGCAUGGAUUAUAGCUCGUCCGACGGCGCUGCGGCUAUACUUGUCGCGUCGGUAACCACUCGGGAAAUCUACGCAUACGAUCAAGGGGUCGCUCCAGAAAUUCCGUCCAAUGGGGAAUAG